UUCGUUAAGUUUCUGCCUGGCAACAUUAUUUAUUAUACACUGACAACACUCUGCGACAUACGUAAAUUUUCAUAAACCUUUGUCAGUGUCGGCCGUUCCCGGUGUUUAUGUUUUUUUACAAAGGUUAUCGACUCGCUAUUAGAGUUCAAACUAAAUAAUAGAGUACUUUAGAUAAACCAGUAAUAAGCUGUAACGUUUUAUUCCUUUCGUUAGAAAUAUGCGGUCUCUUAUUCUUAUAUUUUUGGUCCUCUAUUUGGGCUACGAAGUACAUGGCGGUAAGCAUUUCCGACUGGGACGAAGCAAAGGUGGCAAUUUGGGAGGGCCUGGAGGAUAUAAUGGUGAGACCCUACCACCAGCACAAUGGUUCAAACAAAAGUUGGACCACUCAAGCCCAUCGGACGUAAGAACUUGGAAGCAGCGAUACUUUGUGAAUGAUAGUUACUUUGACUUCAAAAACCAAGGCCCUGUUUUCUUGAUGAUUGGUGGGGAAGGGCCGGCUGAUGCCAGGUGGAUGGUCAAAGGAGCCUGGAUAGAUUAUGCUAAAAAAUUCAAUGCUCUUUGCAUUAACUUGGAACAUCGCUAUUAUGGAGAAAGUCAUCCAACUGAAGACCUUAGUGUCAAGAACUUACAGUAUUUAUCAUCCUACCAAGCUCUGGCAGACUUGGCAAACUUCAUCAAUGCCAUGAAUGAUAAAUACAAGUUACGGAGUGAUAUCCGCUGGAUCGCGUUUGGAGGUUCCUAUCCAGGGUCUCUGGCGGCUUGGCUGAGGCUGAAGUAUCCUCACUUGGUACAUGCAGCAGUGUCAUCAAGUGGCCCAUUGUUGGCUAAAGUUAAUUUCAUGGAAUACUAUCAAGUUGUUGUUGAAGCUCUGCGGGAAAAAACUGGUGGAGAGGAAUGUGUUAAUGAGUUAAAGACUGCUCACAAGCAGGUAGUUGAUAUGAUGGAGCAUCACCCUGGUGUUGUUGAAAAGGAGUUUAGAGUUUGCAAGCCCUUCGAAAAUGCUAAGCCCAAUGACAUCAAGAAUUUUUACAACUCCAUCGCUGAUGACUUUGCAGACUUGGUACAAUACAAUGAGGAUAACAGAAUCAGUGCUGAUGUUAAAUACAAAAACCUGACCAUCAAUACUGUCUGUAGCAUGUUAACAUCACCAGGAUCUGAACCAGCAUACAAGAAACUGGCUGCGUACAAUUCAAUCAUUUUAGAUAAAACCAACCAAACUUGUCUGGACUACAGCUAUGCUAACAUGGUUGAGGAAUUGAGGAACAUGUCUUGGGGUUCCGAAGGAGCUCGUCAAUGGAUGUAUCAGACUUGCACUGAAUUUGGAUUCUAUCAAACAUCAUCAGCGGAAGUUGAAGUGUUUGGUGAUCAUUUCAAUCUGGAUUUCUUCAUACAACAGUGUGAGGAUAUCUUUGGCAAGAAGUACAAUGAGGCAUUCGUAGAUGCCUCUGCGGACUGGACUAACAACAAUUAUGGUGCUCUGGAUAUAGCUGUGAGCCGCGUGGUGUUCGUUCACGGCUCUGUGGACCCCUGGCACGCACUGGGAAUCACCAAGACUCAGGACAACGAUGCUCCUGCUAUUUAUAUUAGAGGCACUGCUCACUGUGCCAACAUGUACCCUCCAAGUGAGAAUGAUUCCAGUGAGCUGGUAGAGGCUCGUGUGGAGAUUGAGCAGUAUCUGGCGGGCUGGAUUGGGAUGCCCUAACAUGCGAUCAUCGUUGUUCCUAACAAGAACACAGUGACCAUUCAUGUGUCACACAAAGACUUAUACUUUUUCUUAAAACUGUUUAUUAUUAAGAUUAUCACAGAUGUAACUGUGCUAAUAUCUAUGCUAAAAUAUUAAGAUCAGUGUUUUUUAACUCUUUUUCUGCAUUCCAAUUUUAUGAAUCUCUACUGUGACUUAUACUUUUAUGGCCUAAGUAUGUUAAGGAUGUCAUUAGAGGCUGCACUUAAUGCGCUCACUCUGAAUAGUCAAUGAGAGGAUAAGACAAAAGUAAAAUAACCAGUGUAGUGACAUAAAUCUAGGUGUAAGAAUAUGUGUAAUCGUUCAUGUCUAUUUUGUGGUAAAAUCACAAUGGUUGCAUUUAAGACUUGUCUGUCUCUUAUUAUAAAAAUAUCAGUGAGGUUAGCCAAAUAGCUAUGGUUACUAGACUAGAAUACAGGGCUAAUAUAUAUAUAUCAUACUUUUAGAUUUAGGUAUUUUUUAAUUUAAUCUUGUUACACGUUUCUAUAGCAGCGUGUUAGACAAGUUUAGGAGGUAACAAAAAUUAUUGUUCCUUCACUCUCGAUGUUAGUAAUUGAAGUGUCAAAUUAUGGUAAUUUGUUUUGAUGUUACAAGAAUCUCGAACUGUUUGUCUGUAGUAACAAAAUAUCAUUAUGUACUAGCUGAUCCGGCGAACUUCUUACCGCCUUAGAAUUAAUUUAAAUGUUAAGUAUCUGACAGCAGCACAUCCACCCGAUCCAAUAGGGUUUUCAAACCACCCAGAAACCUAGUUAAAUACACGAUAAUUAUAUUCCAUAUCGAUCCAAUCUUAUGAGUUAAGAUUAAGACAAACGGGAAGUGCUUUUACUUGCUGUACUAAUUACUGUAAUAGACUUAAAUAUAUAUCUAACAUGUUCUUAAA